CAACUAUUUUGAGAGGAAGGGAAUGAAUUACUGUAAUUUCUUUGGCUAUGACGGCGACUCGGCGAGUGGUUGAAAACAGAUUUGUACAAAACGUCCAACGUCGUCGUGCCACAUAAGCUUAGGAUAAGCGACGCCGACGGGUAAACCUCUGCCGCACCGCACGAAACACCUGGACUCUGAACUUAUCAGAUUCAUCGACGACCGAUUUCCGAUCGCCACUCCAUUUUCUCUCUUUAUUUGCAUUCUCCGAUGGCUCUGACUCAGCUCUUGUACCUUCCAUCUUCUUCAUCGAUAAUCUCCCACAAACCCCAGUCAAAUCCCGUCGCUAAAUCCCUCCUAGCGUCGCCGUCUCGCCUCCGUGGCCGUCGCCUGCGGCGGCUACACCCCGAUUCUUUUCGCUGCCCUGCUUCUUCUUCCUUCUCAGAGACUAACCACACCUACUCCCCGAAAUCGAAUGACCCAAUCGAGCUCCCGCUCUUCCCUCUACCUCUGGUGCUCUUCCCCGGCGCCAUUCUCCCACUCCAGAUCUUCGAGUUCCGGUACCGGAUCAUGAUGCACACCCUCCUGCAGACCGAUCUGAGAUUCGGAGUCAUCUACUCCGACAGCACCACCGGCGCCGCCGAUGUCGGCUGCGUCGGGGAGGUCUUGAAGCACGAGCGCCUCGUGGACGACCGGUUCUUCCUCAUCUGCAAAGGGCAGGAGCGGUUCCGGAUCAGGAAUCUCGUCCGGACGAAACCCUACCUGGUGGCGGAGGUGACGUGGCUGGAGGACCGGCCUUCGGGGAACGGGGAAGAGGAUCUCGCCUCGCUGGCGUCCCAGGUGGAGGCGUACAUGAAAGACGUGAUCCGGUUGUCGAACAGAUUGAACGGGAAGCAGGAGACGGAGGCCCAAGAUCUGCGGCGCAACCUCUUUCCCACUCCCUUCUCCUUCUUCGUGGGGAGCACGUUUGAAGGGUCGCCCCGAGAGCAGCAGGCGUUGCUGGAGCUGGAAGACACGGCGACGAGGCUGAAGCGGGAGAAGGAGACUUUGCAGAACACUUUGAAUUACUUGUCUGCAGCCUCUGCUGUGAAUGAUGUGUUUCCAUCCUCCUCCACAAGAGAAUGAAAUGAGCAAGCAUUGGGGAAAUGCUGAGUAUGAUUUAUGAUCCCGAGCUGGGUCGGCCCUGAGGCCCAUAAAAUAUUCGAGACGGU